AGCAAAGGGUAAGAAAUGGAGAGGGAAAAGAACAGUCCCGUGCUUCAGGUCCCCUUGAUCUUCCCCGCCGCCUCUCCCGACCCUGCCCGGAGGCCAGUGGCGCAGUGCGCCUGCUCCGAGCCUGACUUCCGUCCUGCGGGGGCCCGAGCUUUGACAAGACGCACACUGAGUGACUGUAGCGCGCGUGCUGAUGACGAAGUCGGAAGUUCUUUUGCCAGAGGCGGUGCCAGAGCCCAGAAGGGCUCGGAAUUGCGGAAGUUUUAUGAAGAGGGUCCCACGGCUGUUGUAGUGCAGUUUUGUUUCGCGAGUUCCGUUACGGAGGUGGUUGCUUGCGGUUUGACAGACACCAGUCUCCGGAGGUUUGCAGCGGCUACACUGGAAGCGAUUCGACGUCGCUGCUGUUGGUUCUCCUCGGCCCUCGUUCGUCCCCAGAGAACCGCCUCGGAUUUCCGCCAUGGCAUCCACUGGGUCCAAUCUCCAGAUGAAGCACAGGGUGAUAAAGCCAAGCAAAGUAUCAGGGCAAAGUGUACAGAAUAUCUUGAUAGAGCAGAAAAACUAAAGGAGUAUCUGAAGAAAAGAGAGAAAACCCCACAGAAGCCAGUGAAAGAGGGACAGCCAAGUCCAGCUGAUGAGAAGGGGAAUGACAGUGAUGGGGAAGGAGAAUCUGAUGAUCCUGAAAAAAAGAAACUACAGAAUCAACUUCAAGGUGCCAUCGUUAUUGAGAGACCAAAUGUGAAAUGGAGCGACGUUGCUGGUCUUGAAGGAGCCAAAGAAGCACUUAAAGAGGCUGUGAUUUUGCCCAUUAAAUUUCCCCAUCUUUUUACAGGCAAGAGGACACCUUGGAGAGGAAUCCUAUUAUUUGGGCCACCUGGAACAGGAAAAUCCUAUUUAGCCAAAGCUGUAGCAACAGAAGCAAACAACUCAACAUUUUUUUCAAUAUCUUCCUCUGACCUUGUUUCUAAGUGGCUAGGUGAAAGUGAAAAACUGGUUAAGAAUUUAUUUCAGCUUGCCAGGGAGAACAAGCCUUCCAUUAUCUUCAUUGAUGAAAUUGAUUCUCUCUGUGGUUCAAGAAGUGAAAAUGAAAGUGAAGCUGCACGUAGAAUUAAGACAGAGUUUCUUGUGCAAAUGCAAGGGGUUGGUGUGGACAAUGAUGGAAUUUUGGUUCUGGGAGCUACAAACAUACCCUGGGUUCUGGAUUCUGCCAUUAGGCGGAGAUUUGAGAAACGAAUCUACAUUCCUUUGCCAGAAGCCCAUGCCCGAGCAGCAAUGUUUAAAUUGCACUUGGGAACCACUCAGAACAGUCUAACAGAAGCAGACUUCCGAGAACUUGGGAAGAAAACUGAUGGUUAUUCAGGGGCAGAUAUAAGUAUUAUUGUUCGUGAUGCGCUUAUGCAGCCUGUUAGAAAAGUACAAUCAGCUACUCAUUUCAAAAGGGUUUGUGGACCUUCUCGAGCUGACCCCAACAACAUCGUAGAUGAUCUGCUGACACCCUGCUCUCCGGGGGACCCUGGUGCCAUUGAAAUGACAUGGAUGGAUGUCCCUGGAGAUAAACUUUUGGAGCCAGUUGUUUCCAUGUCGGAUAUGUUGCGGUCACUGUCUAACACAAAACCCACAGUCAAUGAACACGACUUGUUGAAAUUAAAGAAGUUUACAGAAGAUUUUGGCCAAGAAGGCUAAACCAAAGACAGCAAGAAAGAUGUUUACUAUAUGUAUUCCUGCUUUCACCAAUAUUUAUGCCUUUCUUGGGUGGCAUUGAGAUCAUUUCCAGUUAAACUCUUUUACCACAGAGAAAAUACAUCUCUCUCCAGAGUUCCUCCAAGUUUUGUAUUAUACUUUUCCUCUGUCACCUAUUAAAUACUUCCAGUAACAAAAAUUAUAAAACAGUGGGUUAUAAGGAAAUGAGCAAUAUGUGAAUGGCAUAAAAAAUAGAUAUUACCCAGUAAAAAGAGUAUUGAACAUUGAUUGACCUACAAAUACUUAAGAGUUUUUAUGAGUGGUAGUCUUUGCAGAGUCUUUAUCUUUUUUUUUUCUUUUUUUUUUUUGCUAAAAUU